AUGACCAAUAUGUUUUCUACUUACGUCUCUUAUGUUUUCUACUUAUGUCUCUUUCUAGUUACUGGUGGAAAUAUGAGAAAUCAUCAUGACACUCCAAUACCCUCUGGUGAAGAUUCCCAGAAAACAAAAUUGAGUACUUCAGGUGGUGAUAAAGAUGUGCCCGAUAUUUUGUACAACAUGUUGACAGAACCUCAAGUGCAUAAGGAGAAUAAUGAUCAUGUUCAUGAAGAUGUUAAGGUUGAUGAUGGUGUUGUUAAUAACCAUAAUCAUGCAUUUGAAUAUGUGAAGACGUUGGGUAAAGGUGUAAAUGAAAGCAUUAGUACUAUUAAUGGUGAGUAG